ACAAACAAACAACAUUCUACGAUAAAAGUUUAAGAAGUUUGAUCAGCUCGUGAAUAAUUAAAUCGUAAAAUGUCUCAAAAUGCACCAGAAUUCGCGAAUGUUAUGGAUCACUUGUCCCCGGAUGUGGCUCUGAAACUGUUCGAGACUAGUGCCGUUCUCAUUAUCGCUGGUGUUCCCGUAGGGACUGAGUUUGGAAUCGAUGAAAGAACUUUCAUAGUUGGAGAAAAUUUCCGUGGAGUGAAAAUGAUUCCCGAUGGCGUGCAUGUAAUCUAUUGCGCUUCCCAAGGACCAUACGGGGACUCAGCACCGAGAGUUGGAUUUACACACUUUUUCAAAGCUGGCGAGAUCGUUAUCCGAGAGUGGGACAACGAAAAGGAAGAGUUACGCUGCCGAACUCGGGGAGAUGCUGAAUUAGAGAAAUCUAGGAUCAAAUUGAACUUAUGUCAUCUUGAUAAGUAUCUAGCUCCAUAUGACUAUACCGGGCUACCCAAGUGGAAACAAUUGACAGGAAAUAUUACCGAAAGUACUGUUAUAAAGCAUUCACCAGACUGCGGUCUAGUUCGAAAUACGAUUGAACUGCUUUCCUGUACUGACGACGAUCGUCCAAAAGGCGGACCAUCCGCUGCUCCUACUACGAAACAUGCUAGACGCCCUUCCAGGUUUCGAGAUUUCAUAGAAGAAGAGGAUAUGCUUCCAGAUUUAAAAUCGGUUCCAGGCACUGCUCCCAAUUUUACCGAGCUACCACCGCGUUGCCCGAAAGGAUCCACACCUUUCGAAAUAUCUCAGCAUUACAUGGAUGCGAUAGUAGCGGUUGAAAGACUUCUACAAGGUCGAGAGGAACCAAUUUUUGCGGAGAUUCAAUUUUCAUUCAUCCUAUUCCUUUGCUGUCACUCGGUGGAAUCGUUAAGUCACUGGCGCAAAAUACUGUUGCUUCUCAGCAAUUCCGAACAGGCUGUUGAAAAAUUCCGAAUAUUUUAUAGGAAUUAUUUGACGGUUCUGCAAACCCAAAUACCAUUACUUCCAAUAGAACUGAUGGAACAGACGCAGUUCAAUACGGUAUAUUCCGAUAUCAAAAGGCUACUUUUGAAUUGCUAUCAAGCGGGACUAACGUCUGCUGCGCAAGAUUUGGAAAAAAUUUUGAGGGAAACGGUUCUGUGGAGUUUUGAUGAUUUAUUCGCUGAAGAUCCCGAUGAAAUGCCAACAGUAGUAGAUUUAUAGGAAGUGUCGAGGGGCAAAUAACGCGAGGAAAUAAAUCAUUUAAAUUUAACUUUAUUUCUGUGCAUGCUUACAUACGUGACCAUAAUUUUAGACUGACUUUGCUCCGCUUGCAGUGCAGCCAGAUGCUAGGACGAUUCAUUGAAUAGGGUCAUCACAGGUGCUUACAGGGAUGUCUAAAGCCGACGUCACACGAUGGUACGAAUACCCCCGAAUAUUGGAAGCUCGAUGGUUCGACGCAUCGUAUAGUCGAUGGACGAGGUACGAACCUCCAAUGUCGAGCGUCGAAUAUUACCUUCCAACGCGAGUGGCACGGGUCAAAGGAUUUUUGUCAUUCGUUGAUUCGACACUUGAUGACAUUCGAUACACCGCUACACGAAUCUAUUAGCGAAUUCGUUUUUGCUCAGUUCCAACCCCAGUGCCGCACUAACGGCUGUCAAAACGUUUUUUUAUUCACUCAGUUUCGCAUUCAGUGUCGCACUAGCUCGCCCUGAAAGCUGUUAAAGGCUGAUUUAGACGAUGCCAGUCAGCGCUCUAGUUGAGGUAUCCAGUGAA